GGUGUUUUAUGUACUAGUGUUUCCCAGCAGGCACAUUUCAGUUAUAACAUCACAGUGAAUAAUCAGAAGCCAAUUUGGGAAGUCAAAAUGGAUAAGAUCUUGUUGUGGAGUCUACUGUUGAUUUGUUCUGGAAGUCAAGCCUCAAGACCCUUGGCUCAAAGAAAUAUCGAAUUUGCAGUGGAUCUUUAUCAAGCUAUUUGUUUAUCUCAUAAGGACAACAUUAUAUUUUCCCCCCUUGGAACAACGUUGGUUCUUGGGAUGGUACAACUGGGAGCAAAAGGAAACGCACAGGAGCAGAUAAGACAAACGUUAAAACUUCAGGAAAACUCAACUGGAGAAGAAUUUUCUGUGCUGGAGUCAUUUUUCUCCGCCAUCUCAGAGAAAAGGCAAGAAUUUACAUUUAAUCUUGCCAAUGCCCUCUACCUUCAAGAAGGAUUCACAGUGAAAGAACAGUAUCUCCAUAGCAACAAGGAGUUUUUUCAGAGUGCCAUAAAACUGGUGGAUUUUCAAGAUGCAAAGGCUUCUGCAGAGACAAUAAGUACCUGGGUAGAAAGCAAAACAGAUGGGAAAAUUAAAAACAUGUUUUCCGGGGAAGAAUUUGGCCCUCUGACUCGGCUCAUCCUGGUGAAUGCUGUUUAUUUCAAGGGCGAUUGGAAGCAGAAGUUCACAAAAGAGAACACACAGUUGAUGAAUUUUACUAAGAAAGAUGGUACAGCAGUCAAAGUUCCAAUGAUGAAGGCUCUUUUGCGAACAAAAUAUGGCUGUUUUUCUGAAUCCUCCGUGAACUACCAGGUUUUGGAAUUACCUUAUAAAGGUGACGAGUUUAGUUUAAUCAUCAUACUCCCUGCAGAAGAUGUGAACAUAGAAGAAAUGGAAAAGCGCAUUACUGCGCAUCGAAUCCUGAAAUGGUUCUCUGAGAUGCAAGAAGAGGAAGUGGAAAUCAGCCUCCCUAGAUUUAAAGUCGAACAAAAAUUAGACUUCAAAGAAGCUUUGUAUUCUUUGAAUAUAACUGAGAUAUUUAGUGGUGGCUGUGACCUUUCUGGAAUAACAGAUUCAGCUGAGGUAUUUGUUUCCCAAGUCAUGCAACACGUUUUUUUUGAGAUAAAUGAAGAUGGGAGCGAAGCUGCGGCAUCAACCGGCAUGAACAUCCCUGUGAUCAUGAGUCUGGCUCAAAACAAAUUUACAGCAAAUCGUCCAUUUCUGUUUAUUGUGAAGAAUAGUCCAACAGUCUUAUAAGACAUCUGGAAGAUGGCAGAGGCUCCAUCAGCCUGGGUUUCUGAAUGAUUGCAUGGAUCACAUCUGUCUUAUCCUCUGAUGCCUGCACUGACCAUGGAUUGCCACACUGGACUCUACUGGGAGCAAGAGAUACACCAUAUAGUGUUAAGCCAUAGGAACUAGGUAACUAGGUAUUUCACUCCGUGAAAUAAUACAACUUUGCUCUUAACACAUGUUUUCCAUGGAUUAGCCUGUGGUGUAUGUUUUCUCAUCCUGGUGCCUGACACCUGGUAAAGUUCUGGAAUGCUAUUUCAAUUUUCUUCGUUCUGUGAAAGAACUUUAGGAUUGAUGUUCCAGUGAAUUUUGCCAUGCAAAUUGCUCAGUGUCAUAGUAAAAAUAUAUCUUCAUCAAAAGAGAGGAAAGGAUGUAAAAUUCAGAAUGGGGUGCUUUGCUGACUGCUACACAGCUGUCUUGAAUGAGACCCUUUCCAUAAUAAAAAAGCAAAAAAGCAGCCUUUAACUUCUA